UGACAACUUGCAUUGCAUUGACUUGAGAUCCGAAGUGAAAUUGCUUUCGAGGUAAAAUGCAUUCAGGGCUGGUCAUCACUAUCUCCUUGGCUAUUUUGCUUCAAAAUGCUGCUCAACUCUGCGAGAGUUUGUCCGUCACAAACUACGGUUCAAAACGGAUCAGCAUGUUGAGACACGGUGAAAAAUAUGCAACUAAUCGACCUUGUUACUCAUGGGAAGACGUUCAGCCGAAGUACCACGGAAUGACUCACAUCAGAGGAAACAACGAUAAACGUGGAUCGUUCACAUUCAACGUUGAUGUACCAGUCUUCGUAUAUCUCGCCGUGGAUUCGCGCUAUCCUUACAUUCACGGAGCUGCUUUCGAAAAUACGAGUGAAAAAAUCAUGCUGGGUGGCUGUCAUCCUCGUACUCCUUUUUACAUCUAUAAAAGCAAACAGGCGCUUGGUCCUGGGCCCGUGACGGUGAAUUUUAAAGCAAUAAGUAUGUCGGGCGUUUUCGUUCGAGAUGCAAGGCUCGUACAACCAGCGGCUGAGUUGAAGAUCGUGCCACUGACCGCGAGAUACGCUGAACUAAGCAUGGUGCGAGACGGUGAGAAAUUCAGCACAAACCGCCGCUGUUACAAGAUGAUCGACAUCCCUCCGAGGUUUUACGGUUUAACACACGUCCGCCUUUUGAACGACGAGACUUCCUUCUCGUUCCACAUCAAUGUCCCCGCUGUUGUCUACGUUGCAAUAGAUUCUCGCCGAUCACGCCACCUUAAUGUCCUCCCCAGUUCCUUCGUCAACACGGGCGAGAAGAUCAUACAUGCAGGUUGCCACCCGCAGACCGAUUUCCCCGUGUUUGCGAAGAGGUUCAAUCCGGGCAACGUUGUAGUCAAUUUGGGAGUAUCCCGGAUGAUCGCUGUCUUCGUUGAACCACUUGUGGACAACACUUUCAAGACUGGUGUUUAUUAGAACAUGUGAUUCUGCCAUGACUGGGUGAUCCUCGUUUAGAAUUAAGGAAUUAGAAUUCUAUAGUAACAAUAUAUUAUAAUUAUAUAACCAUAACUAUAUACUUUCUAUACUGUAACUAUGUCAAAAUUAUGUCAUUACCUACUCUAGACAUUAUUAAACACUUUAACCUCGCAAACAAA